AGCAAAGAACUGAGGCCUAAUGUUUUUUCUGUUUUAUUACACCAGGAGGAAGGAGGUUUAAAUGGUACUGAAGACAUUAAACCUAACAUUAUUGGAUCUACAAAUAGUGGUACUGUCAACUCCUCAUCCUGUGAUCCCCCAGAUUCAUCCACAGAUCUAGGUCUGGAUUCAUCAGAUAUUAAACCUGGUGACACAAGUUUACAGGAUGGCUCUCCUUCCUGCAAAAUCCCGAAGACUGAAGACCCUAGUAGUAGUCAUGAAUUUGGUUCAGAUCUAUGUGAUAGUAUGGGGCUGUCAGGAGACAGUGGUCCGCAGGGUCCCCCAGGCAGUACGGCAGGGGGUACCUGUUCCAUGGGCGGACCGAUGGGAGGCCCUGGGGGACCACCUGGCCCAACACCUCCCCUCCCUCCCACAAGUGGUCCCUCCAUGGAUGGUCCCACCAUUCAACCUUUAGCUAGCAAUGUAAUGGGCAAGCAACAGCCCUCAAGUAUGGAAGCACAGUACAUGCAGCAACAAAGUCAAAUCUUUGUGUUUUCAACAACUCUAGCCAAUAAAUCCGCAGAAGCUGUGCUGCAGGGUCUAUACCCUUCCAUCAUUGCAUAUCACUGCUCACAGCCGGGCACUAAAAAAUAUCUAGAGAAACAUCCGUUAAGAAUGAAUCAGUUCAAUCGCCAAAAUCCCGCUCAAUGGCUGAACAAUCUGGCUCAGAUGAAGCAAAAAGGUGGACCUGGUGGACCUGGGGGCCCUGGAGGUCCCAUGGGUCCAAGUGGUCCAAUGGGACCUGGAGGUUCAAUGGGCCCUGGAGGGCCUGGAGGGCCGAUGGGCCCAGGUGGUCCGAUGGGACCCGGAGGCCCGAUGGGACCCGGAGGCCCGAUGGGACCCGGUGGUCCCAUGGGACCUGGAGGUCCAAUGGGGCCUGGGGGUCCAAUGGGACCAGGCGGUCCAAUGGGACCUGGAGGUCCGAUGGGCUCUGGAGGGCCUGGAGGUCCGAUGGGCCCUGGAGGGCCUGGUGGUCCCAUGGGCCCUGGAGGGCCUGGAGGUAUGGGCGGACCGAACAAAUGUGGGAUGAUGGGAGGACCCGGCGGCCCUAUGUCUGGUCCAGGAAUGGGCCCUAAUUGUGGGCCGAUGGGGCCUGGAGGACCCAUGGGAGGCGGGCCAAUGGGUGGAGGUCCUAUGGGUGGCUCAUUCUCAGGCCCCGAUAGCGGACCUAUGGGACCUGGAUGUGGACCUAUGCCCAUGUGGAAUCAGGGUUCCUCUGGUGGACCCGGUGGACCUAUGAUGGGUCAAGGUCAAGGUAUGAACGCUAACUGUGGACCGAUGGGACCUGGCGGACCCAUGUCGGGUCCUGGCCCGCGCCCUGCUGGGCCCACUGCUGGUCCAGGAGGACCACCCUCGGGCUCGGGAGGACCUAGUGGUCCUGGAAACGGGCCGAAUGCACCUGGAGGUCCGGGUGGACCAGGCAGCCAGGGAGGCCCAGGAAAUGGGCCAGGACCUGGUGGACCAAGUGCUGGAACGGGCCCACCGGUGUCUGGAGCGGGGCCGCCCACCCCGUCUGGGCUGAACGGUCCAACGGGAGAUGAAGCCUCUUUACUAGCUGAUCUGAACAAUCCACUUGGACCUCACUCGUCUCUGCAAGGUGUGAAAGUUCCUGAUGAAAACCUAACACCUCAGCAGCGGCAACACCGCGAGGAACAGCUGGCGACUUUGAGAAAAAUGCAGCAGAUGCUUUUCCCCGAGAAUCAGGGUGGCCCUGGUGGACCACCUGGCCCAAUGGACUGGCAAAAAAUGCAGCAAAUGCAGCAGAUGUUGGAUCAAAAGAAGGGAGGCGGCAACAUGGGGCCCAACAUGAUGGGUCCCAAUGGACCUAUGAUGGGUCAAAAUGGACCUGGCAUGGGGCCCGGCGGCCCUGGAGGAAUGGGCCCCAACGGAUCAAACAUGGGACCUGGAGGAGCUGCUAUGGGUCCGGGCGGCAUGGGGCCUGGAGGCAAUUCUUUGGGUCCCGGAGGCAUGGGUCCUAAUGGCCCUGGUAUGGGCCCUGGAGGCAUGGGACCUAACGGCCCUGGUAUGGGUCCUGGAGGCAUGGGGCCCAACGGACCCGGAAUGGGACCCAACGGGCCUGGGAUGGGACCCAAUGGGCCUGGAAUGGGUCUGAUGGGACCAGGCAUGAUGAUGGGGCCCGGCAUGAUGGGCCCUGGGGGCCCGAGGCCCGGCGGCCCCAGAGCGCAGGGCCCGCCGCCCCCGUACCACCAGACCCCGCGCUCGGCGAGCGUGCCCAUCGCAGCGCCUUCGCCCACACCCGGCUCCCCCAACAACCCCACUUCAAACCUCUCGCUGCCGUCGCCGAGAACUUCGUCGGGACUGAACUCUCCCGCCGAGCCCAACCGGUCCGGAGCGGGCGGCGCGGGUGCGACCGACUCGCCGAGUGCCUCGCGGGCGCACAACCCCAGCAACCCGGGCACGCCCGUGUCGUGCACGCCGACGCACAUGUCGCCCCCCGCCAGCCGCAAGGAGGGCUCCCCCCACACGGGCAGUGGGGCGCCGCCGCCGCAGCAGAGUCCCGAUGGCAUGUUCUGUCGAACGUUACAAUCGUUAGCUCAGCAGCAACAGCAGCAGCAGCAGCAACAACAGCAACAACCUGGCAAAGAACCGAACUUAAUGCCAGUACCAUCACCUCAACAAAUACAAUAUUUAAAUGCUUUUGAAGGUCAGGAACUGACAAUACAAAAGCAACCAAACACAAGUCUGAAGGAACCCAACAUUUUAUCACCCCCGCUUGACGGUGGCCUCCCCGACCCCAGCGGCCUACGCGAGCCCGGCACCCCGCUGACGCCCUCGUUCCCCGCGACGCCGGGCGACAACAGCCGCUUCCCGCUACCGAGUCCUCACACUCCUGGGGGCGGCCCCGGUGGCGCUCCGGACAAGCAGCAAGGUCGUUUCCCCGGGUCAGGGUCCCGGACGCCCGUAUCGUCGGCGGACACCCCCAGCAAGAGCGGCCCCUGCCCGAGCCCCAGCGUUGACGGCAUGGGUCCGCCGAGGUUCAUGGGCGGGCCGCAGGGCGGGCCGGCCUCGUCGCCCUCGCCCUUCUCGCAGCAGACGCCGCCCGGCAAGUCGUCUGGUGGCCUGAUGGACGUGUCUUCUCCCGGCAAGGACGGGUCCCCCAACAUGCCGCUUAACCCGAACAACAGCUCCGCGCCGACAGCCAACUCCAACUCGCAGAACUCCAAGGGCGGCAUGUUCGACCCCAUUUCCUCGCUAGCGCAGAUGAGCCAGCAGCUCUCCAACAACGUGUCGGGCUCGCCUGGCCCGAUGGGAGGCCCCGGCGGGCCGGGUGGCUCCAUGCUGCCCUUCAACUCGCCCACCGGCCCCAUGCACAUGAUGGGCAUGAACGACUUGGGCAUGCCGGACGGCGGCAUGGGCGGCAUGGGACCGAUGGACAUCCCCAACUCCUUCAGCCCCAUGGGGCCCGGUCUGGGCCCAAACAUGGGCAGCAACCCCGGAUCACCCAAGCCCCGCGGCCCGUCUCCAUUCCCCAACGUGCCAGGUGGCAUGCCCGGGGGUAUGCAGGGCGGCAUGCCUGGAGGAAUGCAGGGCGGCAUGCCCGGAGGAAUGCCGGGCGGUAUGCCUGGCGGCAUGCCUAUGGGGCCGGGAGGCAUGCCUCCGCGGAUGAUGGGCCGUCCAGGUGCACCCUCAGGACCAGGGGGUCCCAACCCUUUCAACGGCGCCAACGUGCAAGUGAAGGCCAGCGCCCCCAACACCAUCCAGUACAUGCCCGCCCGCCCGCAAAAUGCGGGCAGCGCGGGGCCGCGCGGACCACCCAGCCUCGACUUCCUGCAGAGGUUCGCCAACCCCGGACAAGGACCCGGCCAAGGACCCGGCCAAGGACAAGGACCCUUCCCCAACAGUUCGAGUGCGCCCAGCACGCCCACGUCGUGCGGCCCUAGUGGGCCAGGCGGGCAGGGGAACAUGGGCAACAUGAACGGAGGGAGUCCCUGUGGUAUGGGCAUGGGUCACAUGGGCAUGUCCGGCAGUCCGGGCAUGCAGGGUCCCAACACGCCUACCAGCGGGCCUGGAGGCCAAGGCCCUAACGGGCCAGGUGGCCCAGGCGGCCAGGGCCCCGGCACGCCCGUGUCACAAGGACCUAGCUCUGCGGGAUCCGGAGGACCUAUGUGUUCAACGGGACCUGGCUCAGGGCCCAACCCUAUGAUGGGGAUGAACAUGGGGGGGAUGGGGAUGGGCGGGAUGGGGAUGAGGCCUGGUGCGCCCAUGAUGGGCCCUGGGAAUCCGGGCAUGGGUCCUGGAAACUCUUCAAUGGGUCUCGGGAACCCCGGAAUGGGGCCUGGAAAUCCAGGAAUGGGUCCUGGCAAUCUUGGCAUGGGGCCAGGUAACCAGGGUAUGGGGAUGGGAGGUCCUAACAUGAUGUCUGGUGGUCCUGGAAUGAUGCCUGGUGGUCCAGGACAAAUGGGCGGUCGUGGUGGUCCUGGGAUGGGUCCUGGUGGUCCGGGUAUGGGUCCUGGGGGCCCUGGAAUGGGUCCUGGCGGACCUGGAAUGGGUCCUGGGGGCCCUGGAAUGGGUCCUGGCGGACCUGGAAUGGGGCCAGGAAUGGGACCUGGAAUGGGACCUGGAGGACCCGGAAUGGGACCUGGAGGUCCUGGAAUGGGGCCAGGAAUGGGGCCCGGAGGUCCUGGAAUGGGCCCAGGCGGUCCCAUGGGUAUGGGUGGGGGACCAAUGGGCAUGCCAGGAGGUCCUAUGGGCCCUAAUAGCAUGAGACCGAUGGGCCCAGGUGGACCGGGAGGCCCAGGUCAAUGUGGAAACAUGAUGGGUGGCAUGAUGAGGAUGCCUGGCAUGGGCAUGUAUCCUGGUCAACCUCAUGGAGGACCCAACCCCGGUGACAUGGGACCUAACAACCAAAUGUUUGUCCCUGGAGCAAAGGGCUCACCAAUGGACGCCAGUCAACCUUUACCUCCUUCAGGGGGCUACAAGAACUCUUCUUUUAUUGGUCCCACAACUGCAGACCCCAAUUAUGCUCAGCAGUUCCAUAACUUCCAACAGCAGCUGUAUGCAACAAAUACGAGAAGCAAUAACCAGUCGUUCUUCCUACCCAAGUGAAGUGUUCUGUCUCUUAGCCAUAUGUGAACCAGGUACUAGUCUGCUGCUCACAACUCGUAGGUUAGUGCCAACUAGUGUGCAAGGACCCUGAAUGGUUGUGUAAAUAUUGGUAAUCAUAAGUUAUGAACCAAAAGGGCACGUACAUUUAAUAUUGCUACAUAUUAUGAAACCAUCCGUCCACAUGAACACUUAAUGACAUGUACUAAUUGGUAACGUUUGAUUAGCAGUAUUGUGAACAAUUGUUAAGCCUUCUUAUUUAUUUUGGGCUUGUACUGGUUGGUCUUGAUAUAUUGCUUGUUUGAUAAUCAUUGAGAUGGCAAUAUUGACGGUGGCUUGAUACUCAUUUUUGACUGGUUUGUAUUUAUAUUAUGUAAUACUGUACAUUUUUGGCAAGCAAUCAUUGUGGCAUUCUAAUAAUACCAGAUUGUAAAGAUACAAAGUCUGCUCCAGGGUACAAAUUGACCUCUUUUAUUUUUAUAAAAAUGAAUGCCUUUUUAUUGCUUUUUAAUUCUUGUCUAGUGGCGUGUAGGGGUGUGUAAAGCUUUAAUCUGAGCUAGGCAGUACUAGAUUUAUGAGGCUCAUUUCAAACAUAGUCAGAUUUAAAAGACUUAUUUUAUGUAUGUGGUAAAUGAAUUGAACUGUAAAUCAUGGGGAGUUAUCAUAUCUGUCCAGGUGUGGUACAUUUGUUGUGAUGGAUUGUUUGUACUAGUAUUUAACUUUUUACAUUUAUUCAGUUUUUAAACAUUUAUUUCUAGUUAUGCUUGGCUCAAGUUUUUAUUUGACUGAAUUUUCUUAUCACACACCCCUGCAAUCCUUGUCAGUUUAGUUGUCUACCAUUAAAAUUAAAACUAUCCUGGUGUUAGAUCAUUGGUAUUGAGUCACUUAAUGAUUUAAGCAUAAAUAAAUUAAGCUUAGUGGUAUAUGGUCCGUGAUGGGAAUAAACCCAAAAGUGAUCAUUAGCCAUAUAUUUUUUGGGUACAUUACCCAAAAUAAGUUAUACUCCCAGAGAUUUUUGCUCUCUGUAAUUGUGACUGUUUUAAUUAAUAUUUCUUUUUAAAAGGUAGGAUUUUGAAUUGUUCUUUACUAUCUUCUAAGGAGUUGUUUACUUCUUGCCCACUUAAUUAAUUUUGAUAAAGGUAUCAAAAGUCAAUAGGAAUGAAAAUUGUACCUGAAAAACUUGGGAUAACCAAGUUAAAUUUAGCUGAAAACAGUAGACAUUCUUAGAGAUUUUUUUUUAAAAUGCCGACAACCCUUGGAGUGCUAAGCUAACAUGUUAACAUUGUUUUGCCCUCUUUUUAAAGAGUAUUUAAGGCCUAUUUGUUCUGAUUAUAUAUUAUUGUAUUUUUAUCUUUAUUAUUAUUUGCAGGUGACAAUUUUGUUAUCUGCAAACUACCGUGAGAUGUUGACUUUGAUGUAAAUAAAUCUGCAAUGAUUGAUCUGUGGUAA